GAGCAGCCCACCGGUGCCACCUACAUCUUAAUUUCUUGUCUGAUUCCCUCUUGCUCUACAGGUCUCGUUCCCCCUCCCCUUUAAAUCCAUAAGUCUCUCCUUUUCCUUUCUACUUCUGCUUCUAAGUCCCUCUAAUGGCGGGUGUUUUCGAACUCCUGAGGCGCCUUUACCUCACCCUCUAUAACUGGACCGUCUUCGUUGGCUGGGCUCAGGUGUUGUUUCUUGCUGUGAGAACUUUGAAGGAAUCAGGCCAUGAACAUGUCUAUAAUUCUGUUGAGAAACCUCUUCUUCUCGCUCAGACUGCUGCCGUUUUGGAGAUUCUUCAUGGUCUAGUGGGCUUGGUGAGAUCUCCAAUAACUGCAACACUGCCACAGAUAGGUUCAAGAUUGUAUGUAACAUGGGGCAUCUUAUAUAGCUUCCCAGAGAUUCGAACUCACUUUCUUGUUAGUUCUUUGGUCAUCAGCUGGUCAAUCACUGAGAUAAUUCGAUAUUCUUUCUUUGGCACAAAAGAGGCUCUUGGUUUUGCACCUUCAUGGCUCAUGUGGCUCAGAUAUAGCACAUUUUUUUUGUUGUAUCCCACUGGUAUCAGCAGUGAAGUUGGUCUAAUAUAUUUUGCCUUGCCAUACAUCAAGAAAUCUGAUAAGUAUUGUGUAAGGAUGCCCAACACAUGGAACUUUUCUUUUGAUUACUUCUAUGCUGCAAUUCUUGUACUUGGAGUCUAUGUCCCAGGCAGUCCUCAUAUGUACAGCUAUAUGCUUGGGCAGAGGAAAAAAGCGCUAUCAAAAUCAAAGAGGGAGUAGAAUGGAAGCAAAAUUUUCUAAUGUGGUUUAUCAUUACUUUAUCCGGGUAGUGAGGUAUUUUUAUUUUGGAAAGGUUUUUGGUCAGCUUGAUCUGUAUUGAACAUCAUUUGGUUAUUGAAUUUACUGGGUUGGGGCGAGAGAUUUAUAGGAACAGCUAUCUCUUGUGAUGAAAAAGUAUUGUGGUAAUUGUCUUGCUGCUUCUCUCUCCCUCUCUCUCCUCUGCUGUUUAUGUAUGAUCAUGAUUUUAUGCUAGCAAGUGAAAUGGCCAUGUGUAGGUAUGGAUGGCUGUUAGCUGAACAAAUUGAAGACUUCAUUUAUGUUGUUGAA